UAGCUCCUAUGCCAUUUCCAUCAAAACCCCAAUUAAAAAUUCACAAUACCCACUACCCUGUUGUUAGAGUCUGAAGCAAAAAGGGGUAUCAUGUUUCAGAACGUAGUGGAUGCCAUUACUGGUGACAGUAGCACUGAUGGUAAUAAGAAGAUGAAAUGUGUGAGUGGCGAUGGUGAGUGUAAGAAGAUCAAAGGCUCUGUUGUUUUGAUGAAAAAGAAUGUUUUGGACUUCAAUGACGUCCAUGCUUCGGUUCUCGAUCGUCUUCAUGAGUUGCUUGGCCAUGGAGUCUCUCUGCAACUUAUUAGUUCUGUUAACUGCAGUGACGAGCCUGCGGCUGCUGAGAAUGGCAUGCGGGAAAAAGUAGGAAAGCCUGCAUAUUUGGAAGAUUGGAUUACUACAAUAGCUCCAUUAACACCUGGAGACAUAGCAUUCAAAGUUACCUUUGAUUGGGAUGAUGAGAUUGGAGUUCCUGGGGCAUUCAUCAUCAGAAACAAUCAUCACAGUGAAUUUUACCUGAAAACUCUCACUCUAGAAGAUGUUCCUUGCCAAGGUCGAAUUCACUUUGUCUGCAACUCAUGGGUUUAUCCUGCCAAACGAUAUAAGAAAGAUCGAAUUUUCUUUGCAAAUAAGACAUACCUCCCACAAGAGACGCCAAUGCCACUGCGCAAAUACAGGGAGGAAGAGCUGGUGAACUUGAGAGGAGAUGGAAAAGGAGAGCUUCAGGAAUGGGAUCGUGUCUAUGAUUAUGCUUACUAUAAUGAAUUGGCAGACCCUGAUAAGGGUCCAAAGUAUGUGCGACCAAUUCUUGGAGGGUCUGCAGAGUACCCUUAUCCUCGCAGAGGAAGAACUGGCAGACCACCAGCAAAAUCAGAUCCCAAAUAUGAAAGCAGGUUGCCGCUUCUCAUGAGCUUGAACAUAUAUGUUCCAAGAGAUGAACGAUUUGGUCACUUGAAGAUGGCUGAUUUCCUUGCUUAUGCACUGAAAUCCAUAGCUCAGUUUAUUAAACCUGAACUAGAGGCCCUAUUUGACAGCACCCCAAAUGAAUUCGACUCUUUUGAUGAUGUACUAAAGCUCUACGAGGGAGGGAUUCAGCUCCCUGAUGGCCCCUGGCUAGAAAAUAUAAGGCAAAACAUUCCACUGGAGAUGCUUAAGGAAAUUUUCCGAACUGAUGGAGAAAGGCUUUUCAAAUUUCCAGUGCCGCAAGUAAUUCAAGAGAGUAAGACUGCUUGGAGGACUGAUGAAGAAUUUUGCAGAGAAAUGCUGGCUGGUGUAAACCCUGUCAUCAUUCGUCGCCUCGAGGAUUUCCCUCCGAAAAGCAAGCUAAACAGCAAAAAAUAUGGCGACCAAAACAGUAAAAUAACAGAAGAGCACAUUAAGAAUAGCUUAGAUGGACUUACUGUACAUGAGGCGAUCAAGAACAACAAAUUAUACAUACUAGAUCACCAUGAUACAGUGAUGCCAUACCUGAGGAGGAUAAAUACUACUUCCACAAAGACAUAUGCAUCAAGAACCCUACUAUUCUUGAAAGAUGAUGGUACUCUGAAGCCUCUAGCAAUUGAAUUAAGCCUGCCUAAUCCUGAGGGAGAUCAAUUUGGAGCCAUUAGCAAAGUAUGCAUACCAGCUGAAAAUGGUGUUGAAGGUUCUAUUUGGCAACUGGCUAAAGCUUAUGUGGCUGUAAUUGACUCUGGCAUUCACCAACUUAUCAGCCAUUGGUUGCAUACCCAUGCUGCAAUUGAGCCAUUUGUGAUUGCAACGAAUAGGCAUCUAAGUGUGCUUCAUCCGAUAUACAAACUUCUGCUCCCUCACUUCCGUGACACAAUGAAUAUAAAUGCAGUUGCUAGACAGACACUUAUUAAUGCUGGUGGAUUGUUGGAGUUUACAGUAUUUCCUGGUAAGUAUGCCAUGGAAAUGACAUCCAUGGCUUACAAAAGCUGGAAUUUCACAGAACAAGCACUUCCUGAGGAUCUAAAGAAGAGAGGAAUGGCAGUUGAAGAUCCUAAUUCCCCACACGGUCUACGCUUACUGGUAAAAGACUAUCCUUAUGCUGUUGAUGGGCUUGAGAUAUGGUCAUCAAUCAGGGAAUGGGUGAAAGAUUACUGCUCCUUUUACUACAAGACAGAUGACAUGGUAAUUAAAGAUCCUGAACUCCAGUCAUGGUGGAAGGAACUUCGCGAGGUAGGCCAUGGCGACAAGAAAGAGGAGCCCUGGUGGCCUAAGAUGCAGAUAAGGGAAGAACUGAUAGAAUCCUGCACCAUAAUUAUAUGGAUUGCAUCUGCUUUACAUGCAGCAAUCAACUUUGGGCAAUACCCAUAUGGAGGCUACCUUCCCAAUCGUCCAAGCAUAAGCCGUAGAUUCAUUCCUGAAAAAGGAACUCCAGAACAUGAGGAGCUUACAAUGAACCCAGAUAAAGCUUUCUUGAAAACAAUCACUGCGCAGCUGCAGACUGUUGUUGGCAUUUCCCUUAUAGAAAUCUUGUCAAGGCAUUCAUCUGACGAAGUUUAUCUUGGACAGCGAGACACACCUGAAUGGACAACAGAUGAUAAACCAAUAGAGGCUUUUAAAGAAUUUGGGAAGAGGCUGGAAAAAAUUGAGGAGAAGAUUAUAGAGAUGAACAGAGAUGAGGAACUGAAGAACCGCAUUGGACCAGUUAUGAUGCCAUACACUUUGUUAUUUCCUCGCAGUGAUGUUGGACUUACUGGCAAGGGAAUUCCCAAUAGUGUUUCGAUCUAAAAAUUCUCCGCAGGAAAAUUUCAGUUCUUGUUUAAUAUCAAUGCACUUUUAUGUAGAAAGCUUCAAGUAGCUGUAUCAGAAUCUGUUCUAGGAUUAAGGUAAUAAAAUUCAUAAAUAAUGGGCAGAUCAGAACGUAGCAAA